GAGGUGGAUGUCUCGCUCUUCCAGGCACUGGACGGGAAGGCGCUCUGCAAGAUGACCAAGGAGGACAUGAUGCGGCUGACGUCGGCCUACAACGCUGACAUCCUGCUGUCUCACCUGAACUACCUACGGCAGAGCAGCCCCACAUUCCCGUACUCCACCACCCCCACCAACACCACACCGCCCCCGCCCCCACAGCCCCGCCUACAGGUGAAAGCAGAGAACAGUUUUGAUGAGAUCAGCCGCAGGAACAGCUGGCCGACCAACACCAUGACUGCUGCCGGGCCCAAAGGUUCUUCACUCGAGCACCAACACAACAGCAGAGUGUCAGAACCAGCAAGGAUCACACAAGACCCGUACCAGACGUUAGGACCAAUCAGCAGCCGGCUGGCCAACCCAGACGGCCACGGCCUCGGCUCGUCCAAGAACCGAACAGCCAAACAAAGUCCGUACAAGCUGGCUGACCCCAGCGCUCACAGGCCUGUGGGUUCAGGGCAGAUCCAGCUGUGGCAGUUCCUGCUGGAGCUCCUGUCCGACAGCAACAACGCCGGCAUCAUCACCUGGGAGGGCACCAACGGAGAGUUCAAGAUGACCGACCCGGACGAGGUGGCCAAGCGCUGGGGCGAGCGCAAGAGCAAGCCCAACAUGAACUACGACAAGCUGAGCCGCGCCCUGCGCUACUACUACGACAAGAACAUCAUGACCAAGGUGCACGGCAAGCGCUACGCCUACAAGUUCGACUUCCAGGGCAUCUCGCAGGCGCACCAGAACCAUGCGGCGGAUGGCGGGAUGGUAAAGUACCAGACUGAGAUGCCGUACGUGCAGCAGUACCACAGCCACCAGCCCAAAAUGAACUACAUGGGCGCCCAUCCUCCGCCCGUGCCCAUCUCCCCCGGAAACUUUUUCGGGACUCCGUCCACGUACUGGAGCUCGCCCAGUAGCCCCAUGUACCCCGGACCCCCCAUGACCCGACACCCGGCCGCUCACCCCCACCUGAGCUCGUACUACUGAGGCCCGAACGGGACCAACCGGAGAGGAACCCAAGUGCGCUGGAUCCUGGCGGCACCCGAGCCGAACCCUUCCGAGCCGAAGGCGACGUGACGCUACGGUCCAAAUUCUCUAAAGGCAUUACCCCGUGGUCUUCCAAGAACCGAACAAACCGUGAGGGUUGGACUCUUCUGAGGGAACUUCCUGUUUUUAUAAAGAUUUUCACCAUUUGUUUGUGGCGCCGGUUGUAAAACGGUUCUGACUGGUCUCACCUGGCAGGUCCAAACUGCAGUUAUCACACUCCAAGACCCAACUUUUUGUAAAACUGAUUGUACAGAAUUGUUGUUUUCAUGUAACAAUAAACAUUUACACAUUAUAAUCGA